CUUGACUUUCGUCAAUCAGUUAUAUUUCGUUCAAGAUCCAAAAGCUAAUUGGUGGUUGGCAUUCCAGAAUUCUUCUUUAUCCCAGCCGCCAAUCCGGACCCAAGAUCUUUGUCUGAAGUUGCCCCGAGCCACUCUUUUCUGUGUGCACAAGUUUACCAUUUCUGCACCAUAGCAGCCCCCAGAGACCAAAAGAAGGAAAAGUUAGGCCGAGACUUCAAUUAAGAGCCAGAAAAAUGGAUUUCUCAACAGAAAACAGCCAGAACUCGGCCCCUGGGAGCCAUCAAGCUGCUAAGCUUGGGGGAGGACGCAAAGGACCAGAUGCUCAGAGUGUCACGAAGCGAUUACAAACUGAGCUGAUGCAACUUAUGACCUCGCCAGCUCCGGGCGUAUCCGCCUUCCCCAGCGCAGACGGCAACAUGAUGUCCUGGACUGCAACUAUUGAAGGCCCUGAUGAUACUCCCUACUCUGGGCUGACUUUCAAGCUGUCCUUUGCAUUCCCCAGCAAUUAUCCGUACGCACCGCCCACAGUCCUCUUCAAGACCCCUAUCUACCACCCAAAUGUCGACUUCUCCGGUCGCAUUUGUCUUGAUAUUCUCAAGGACAAAUGGACUGCCGCAUACAACAUUCAAACAGUGCUUUUGAGCUUGCAGAGUCUACUGGGUGAGCCCAACAACGCAUCACCACUCAACGGAGAAGCUGCCGAGCUAUGGGACAAGGACGCCGAAGAGUUCAAGCGGAAAGUCCUCGGCCGCCACCGCGAAGUCGAUGAUGAUUGAACACCCCGGUUUUUCGUUUUUUUGCGACGGUGUAUAUGGAGAGAACGCUCAGCAUAACCGUAUAGAGUAUGCAAUAUAGGCUAAGCCACGGUCUUGGCUAGUUAUGGCGAAAUGGAGUCAUGCCUUUAGUGUUUCGACAGGUCACCAACGUGCCGGAUUUCUAGGAUGGAAAUCUGUUGUAUAAGGACCUAGGGAGUUUGCAUUGCUACAUUAAACCUGGUUUCAUUCUGCAUGGGGUAUUUUGCCCUUUAGGAUUGCGCAAACCAAGUAAGGGUGGAAAGAGGCUUGCCUAUCAAUGAAUAUCAUGAUGUUCAGCAGGUGCAAAGGUGGAAAAAACAAAUCAAAAAGAAAACCAAAGAGCGAAUACAAGAGAGUGCAUUACAUGCUACCUAACUAGAUCUUCUACUCACUUUUACAGGCCAGACAGCGACGGGGUGACUAAAAUACAUUCACUAUGACCA